AUGUUCAAAUCAAAGAUUGAUGACCUUGGAUUUCUGGAACUAUCACCGGGCAUUGAUCCUGUUGUCGAUAUUGUCGCUAUUCAUGGUCUAGAUGGUCACAGAGAAGAGACAUGGACAACAGACGACGGGAUCCUGUGGCUGCGGGAUCUCUUGCCUUCCAACUUGCCCAACGCCCGAAUCCUCAGCUAUGGCUACGACGCCGAUACUCAGAGUAAGGAAUGCGUAUCCACUCAGACAAUGCGUCGACAUGCCGAAGGACUGGCUCAAGCCCUUUCGAGGCAACGGACGCACGCACCUCGACGUCCUAUCAUCUUCGUUGCGCACAACUUAGGAGGCAUCAUCCUUAAAUGGGCCCUCGUGAUCUGUCACAACCAAAACCUGGAGUCAAAGGGCGAUCUACGAGACAUCUUGGUCUCCACACAUGCAAUCCUUUUCUUUGGGACCCCUCACUCUGGCCUCGAGGGCACAACGCUCAUGACAGCGAUCAGCCGCUUCGCGUCAAUGUAUACGAAAACGACGAAUGUUCUCCUCAAGGAUCUUGAGAAUCACUCGUCUGAACUCGAGACCGUCCAGAGUCUGUAUGUCGCUGCGAGCGAGAAGAUCAACAGUAUAUUCUUUAAUGUUCCUCAUCACGCUGCCGUCAUCGCUGGUGAUCGGAACGCGACGAAAAUCGUCCUGCAUGCUAACCAUGAAGCCCUGGUCAGGUUCCAUGCGGCAGAUAGCGAGAACUAUCGCACUGUUCUCCACUAUCUCAAGGACUUUUUUGACGGUGCGGCUACCGCUGUCAUGGAGAAGUGGGUUAUAGAGGACAAUUGUCGAAGCGCGGCGAAGGCAGAGUCUGUCGCCCAAGAGGUCGUGCAGCCAAAGUCCUUGCCACCAGUGUCGAUAAGCUACGUCGAGCGGCCAGUGCUCCAGUCUCUCAUCACACAAAAGCUGCUUCCAGGCAGUGAUGUGCGCCACCAACGACGAUGUGUUCUACACGGACUCGGAGGGGCUGGGAAAACUCAGCUUGCGACGAUGUGGAUUCGGGAGAAUCAUACCAGUUUCAGUCGGGUAAUUUUCGUCGAUGCAUCUGAUGAAAUCCGACUGAAAGCGGAUUUGGAGCAAUCGAUUCGCUCAUUGGGUUCCGAAUACGGCAAGAUGUCAUGGAAGGAUGCAGUAUCCCACCUCGAUGGCAACGAAAAGGGAUGGUUACUAUAUAUCGACAACGCAGACUUACCCGACCUCAACCUUGACCCAUAUCUACCCUGUUCUCCUCACGGAUCGAUCAUCAUCACAACGAGAAAUGAAGAUGUCGCAGGUCACGCUCCUAAUGGAGCGAUUUCUGUUGGUAAACUUGAGGAAGACGAGGCAGUGGAGCUCCUUCAUACAACUGCCAACAUGAAACCUACAUUUAGCACCCAAUCUGUCGAGAUUGUAAAGGAGCUAGGAAUGUUGGCGCUGGCGAUCACGCAGGCGGGAGCAUACAUCCGCCGUACACGCCGGCUGGACUCGUACCUCUCCACAUUCCGCAAGCAUAGGAUGCAACUGAUGCGCAAGGAGCCAGGAACAGGAAUACACUACAAAUCAUCGACAUACAGCGCGUUCGACCUGUCCUUUCGCCGCCUACCGACGAAGACUCAGGAAUUCAUGAAGUUAUGCGCUUUUCUUCACCACUCAAUGAUACCAUCUAAACUAUUCGAGCAAUCAAUUGCAUCAGGAUUCGCUACACAGAUCGUUCGGGAGAGUCUCCCUCCUCCGGAGAACGAUAAAGCCUUUAUUUCACAAUUGGCGGAGAUAUUCGGGUUAGAAUGGGAUGAGAUUACAUUCCAGGAAACCAUAGACGCGGCAUCCCGCGCGUCGUUGAUCAGCGUUUCGACCGAUGGCUUAUCCUACACCGUCCAUCCCCUUCUUCAGACUUAUAUCAAGGAUGGGCUCAAUGAGGAGGAGAACCAUACAUAUAUGCGAAUGACGUCACAAUUCCUGCUCGGUGCAAUGAAAAGCGGCAAGUUGCAACUUUGGCAACUACUACCGCAUAUCAAUAGCAUCCCUCGAUCUGUUCAGUCGGAGGAUAUCUCCCACGCAUUGGCCUUCCACGACUUCUAUCGGUCUUUAACAGAUUGGGCGGCAUGUCGAGAGCUACUGGAGCCGGCACUUUCCAAGGUUGUGGCUACUCGAGGCCAAAGAGAUGCAGAUUCGCUAUGGCUGACCCAAAUUCUCGCUCGGACACUAUGCAGGCUUGGUCAAUUGGAGAUGGCGGAAAGAAUGCAGCGAGAAAUACUUGAUUUGUUGGUCGAAACUUUCGGAAGGGGUCACCUUGACACGAUCUGGGGAAUGGAAAGCCUCGCAACUACACUGUAUGAGUGUGGCCAAUUGGAGGAGGCGGAGAAGAUGCAACGAGAGGCACUCUCGUUGCGAGUAGGAAUCCUCGGAGGACGGCACCUUGACACGCUUCAGACAAUGGACAGUCUCGCAAGCACAUUGUAUACACGUGGACAAUUGGAGGAGGCGGAGAAGAUAGAGAGAGAGGUUCUGGCUCUGCGGCUCGAGAUACUGGGGCGAAAGCAUCCAAGCACCAUGGAGAUACUUUUUAACCUCGCAGCCACAUUGUUUAGGCGUGGUCAGUUGGAGGAGGCGGAGGAGAUAGAGCGAGAGAUAGUCUCUCUGUCACUUGAAAUCUUUGGAAAACGGCAUCCAGAGGCAAUUGAUUCGAAGGAAACUCUUGCACUCACGCUGGAGAGUCGGGGUCAGCUGGAGGAAGCGGAGAAGAUACAGCGAGAGGUGCUCGCUCUGCGGCUCGAGGUCGUCGGCGAGCGGCAUCUGGAUACAGUCAAGGCAAUGAAUAACCUCGCAAUCACUCUGUAUGAGCGUGGUCAGCUGGAGGAAGCGGAGAAGAUACAGCGAGAGGUGCUCGCUCUGCGGCUCGAGGUCGUCGGCGAGCGGCAUCUGGAUACAAUCUGGGCAAUGAGCAGUCUCGCACUUACUCUGGGUGAGCAUGGUCAGCUGGAGGAAGCGGAGAAGAUAGAGCGAGAGGUGCUCGCUCUGCGGCUCGAGGUCGUCGGCGAGCGGCAUCUGGAUACAAUCUGGGCAAUGAAUAACCUCGCAAGCACUCUGUAUGAGCGCGGCCAGCUGGAGGAAGCGGAGAAGAUACAGCGAGAGGUGCUCGCUCUGCGGCUCGAAGUCGUCGGCGAGCGGCAUCUGGAUACAAUCAUGGCAAUGAGCAACCUCGCACUUACUCUGGGUGAGCGUGGUCAGCUGGAGGAAGCGGAGAAGAUACAGCGAGAGGUGCUCGCUCUGCGGCUCGAGGUCGUCGGCGAGCGGCAUCUGGAUACAAUCUGGGCAAUGAACAACCUCGCAAUCACUCUGGGUGAGCGUGGUCAGCUGAAGGAAGCGGAGAAAAUACAGCGAGAGGUGCUCGCUCUGCGGCUCGAGGUCGUCGGCGAGCGGCAUCUGGAUACAAUCUGGGCAAUGAGCAGCCUCGCAGGCACUCUGGGUGAGCGUGGUCAGUUGGAGGAAGCGGAGAGAAUACAACGAGAGGUGCUCGCUCUGCGGCUCAAGGUCGUCGGCGAGCGGCAUCUGGAUACAAUCAAGGCAAUGAGCAACCUCGCACAUACUCUGGGUGAGCGUGGUCAGCUGGAGGAAGCGGAGAAGAUAGAGCGCGAGGUACUCGCUCUGCGGCUCGAGAUCUUCGGACGUCAACAUCCAGAUACACUCUCAGCUAUGAGCAGCCUCGCAUGUACUCUCUUUGAUUGUGGUCAAUUGGACGAAGCGGAGAAGAUGGAGCAAGAGGUGCUCGCUCUACGACUCGAUAUCCUUGGAAGACGACACCCAGACUCGAUUAGGGCAAUGCACAACCGUGCCUUUACCUUGUAUACUCGUGGCCAGUUUGAAGACGUCAUACAGCUUGUUCGACCCACCAUGGAUCUGCAAGAUCAGAUCCUUGACAAAGAUCAUCCCGGCAUUUCUAAGUUGGAGAAACUUUAUAUGGACGCUUUGUCAAUGCAAUCUCAGAACUGUUCAUAG